AUGACGGACACUGGGGCGCAUCCUGGUGUGCGAAGCCUGCUGGCCAGAUUCGAAAACAACAACCAGAGCAGCUCUACCUCCCCUGCCCCUCGUGGUCGAUCGCCGAUCCCAUCAGAUAACCAGGGAACCGGCCAGCCUCUGUCCAAGGUUCGCGCAAGUUUUAUAUCCGUUGAUAAAACUUCCCAUGGAAGUCUGGUCCCAGAGUUACGGACCGCGAGCAGUCCCAUCGAUGGCCCGUCUAGGGUGAGGAGCUUCAACUCCGAGGAUUUCGAGGCCGCUCUGAAAAGUCCCGUAUCUUCGUCCCCGAGCACUGGCCAGGAAGUCGCGGAUAUAGCUGUCACAGACCAAUCUGCAAAGGAUCCUUCCUCGACCAAUAAUGUACACAAGAAACAAGCGCCACCUUCCUCCGAUAGCAGUGGUGCGAAAUCGAUAGAGAGCGCGACAUCGAAGACCAAAGGUCAACCCAACUCACGGGCCUCGGCAGAGACAGCCGGCGCUCAGUCACCGCAGAAGCCAACUAAAACAGUCACGAAGCGACCUUCGAACAUAAACGUUGGUAGAACCACUGCCACCACCAAGUCCUCGCCCACCAUCUCGCAGAGAUCGCCAGGACAGUCGCGCCCGCCAACCUCGCCCACCAAACUGGGCACCGACAAAUUCUCCAAAUUGACUAGCUCUACGAAAUCGACCGUGACGAAGAAUGGCAACCUCGAACCCACCCGAACCGCCACUCACAAGCCAAGCCGAACCACCUUGAACGCUGCUACCAAGACUGCGACUCGUCCUGUUCGUUCUUCUAUGCCCGCGCGUGAGAGUACGAGGCCCACGACAAGCUCGGCUGGUGUCGGCAAUGGCCACUCCAAGUCCCCAGUCAGGUCCGCUCGUUUGCCAGCCUCGAGAACGACCUCGGCUCUGUCUACCGCCGCCAAAUCAGGAUCCGCUCACACCCUGACUCGGAAGCCGUCGACAUUGAAAAAGACAGUCGACGGAAGUCAGUCGCGAGCAACAACGCCUACUGCUGCCAGUAUCCGCAAGCAAGCGUCUCGCCCGUCCCUUCCCAGUAGUUCAGGCUCCGACAGACCUCAUUCACGGGCCAGCAAUGGCAGUACCAAGCCCGCUGAUGACAGUUUUCUGGCCCGGAUGAUGCGUCCUACAGCCAGCUCUGCCAGCAAGGUGCACGAUAAGGUCGAAGUGAAGAGCCCUCCCAGUGCUACCAGAACGACUCGAGCUCCGAGGAAAGCUCCCUCAAAGAUUGACCCUCGAUCAGCCCAUCGGUUGAUGGAGAAGACCGGUCAAGGAAAGACCCAGGAGAACAAGCCACAGACCGCCCCGGCUGAGCGGACUGCUUCCAAGAAAGAGCUACAGGCAGCGGCUCCGUUGCCGGAGGAAACUGAAAACCAACACGAUGUAAAGCCCCAGGCCGAGGUUUCCGAUGAACUCCUCGAGUGUACCCCCGAUAUCGUUGUAAGACCUCAUGAGGAAUCUGCUGAAUCGGUGGCUACUGGGAUUGCGGAGGACUCCGUUGCCGCUUCGGCCGAGCCUUCAAUCGCUCCCGCCUCGGAGGUGCCAGUUGAAGAGUCCGCCGCACUCCAGGCUGAUGAGCCAGUUGAGCAGCCCCUUGAAGCAAUUCCCGAACAGCCCUUGGAUGUGGAUGAGUCGAAACCUCAAGAGCACAUUGCGUCUGUACCGGACUCAGUCGUCCCAGAGGCAGCUGAGGCUCAGCCAGAGACUCCUAGCAGCCCUGAAACCGAGGUGGCCAAGGAGCCUGUUAGCCUCGAUAUUCCAGUCGAAUCUGUCCCAGCUGCGUCGCCUGAGCUUCCAACCGAGGUUCUCUCAAGCGAGACUGAACCCAAGCCGGAAGACGUUGCUAAUGAGAUGGAGAAAUUGACCAUCAAUUAA